CUUUUCUCAAUUGGAAAAAAGAAGGAAGUGGUCAUAUCGUAUUCUCAUGUCCUCAUAUCCUCAUAUCCUCUGCCCUCAUAUCGCCAUGACAACAACAACACACUGACUGUUGCAGACUGUCUCCACUUACUUCCUCCCCUUUUCUCUUCGCUCCAUCCCCAUUUACACAUAUCCACCCUUCUACCUAUCUUCGUCCCUAUCCUUCCUCCUCUUCUUCCUCUUCUCCUUCUUAGUGUCGCCAAUACCAGUAACAUAGCACAGGAUGUCGUUUAUGGACAAGUUCAGAACUGUGGCCCAAGAUGUCGGCAAGAGGGCGACCGAGGCAGGAAAACGUUUCCAGGAAACUGCAACCGAGGCCACGAGACAGAUGCAAGAGUCUGCCAAGAACGCCAAUAUCUCCUCCCCUCUUCCUGAUACCAACGCUGCUGAGGACCUCAAGAAGGCCGCCAACCUGCUGCGUGGAUUCGUGAACAAGGAUGAGAACGAGGCUGGAUUCGACAAUAUUAUCCCGCCAGAGAUUCUGCGUAAGGCCAAGGGUUUGGCCAUCUACACUGUUGUCAAGGCUGGGUUUAUUGUCAGCGCUCGUGGAGGCAGUGGAGUAGUCGUGAUCAAAAAGGACGAUGGACAGUGGUCUGCACCCAGCUUCAUCGCCACGGGUGGUGUUGGAUUCGGUGCCUUAGUCGGUGCAGACAUCACAGACAUCAUUCUCGUACUCAUGACGGACGAGGCUGUCGAGACAACCUUUAUCCAGGGCGGUAGCGUGACCCUGGGUGGUGGUCUCUCUGUCAGUGCUGGACCUGUCGGUGUCGGCGGUGAGGUCGGCGUCUCUGCCAACACACAGGCCGCCAACACGUCCCAGAUCUUCUCGUACACAAAGUCCAAGGGCUUGUUUGCGGGCGUCUCCCUCGAUGGAACGGUUCUGCUGGAGCGUAAGGAGGCCAACGCAGCCUUCUAUGGACGUGCCAUCUCUGCGGCCGAGAUCCUCAAGACGAUGCCUCAGCCUCCCGAGGCCCUUGAGCUGUACACGGUCAUCGAAGCCGGUCUUAGUCGCGAACUGUAAAGGAGCACAAAGAUCCGUGGACAAGGCAGAUCGAUUGCCUCCGCUCAUUUUUUGUCUCUUCGCGAUAUUUCAAUACACCCAUGAAUCAAUUGCUUGUAAAUAAAGUCGCGUUUUCUCGCAGUUCUUUUUUGGAAA